UAAGGAGGGCUCAUGAUGUGAUGAGCCCUGGGUGUUAUACGCAACUGAUGAAUUACUGAACUCUACAUCUGAAACUAAUGAUAUACUAUAUGUGGCUAAUUGAAUUUAAAUAAAAAAUAACAAAGCUAUGUGUAAUGUAAUGUAAAAGUUGAUAAUUUGGUAGGCAUUCCUGGACUUGGCUAUCCCAAGGGCCCAAUGAUGAGUCCCCAAUGACUCAAACUUCCUGUUCUAAGGGUAGUGCUCAGGCCAGGGGUAUCUGGACUCUGGUUAGCCACAGACCUAUUAAAUCAGAAUCUGCAUGUUAAUAAGAUUCUCAGUUAAUUCAUGUGCACAUUAAAGUUUGAGAAACACUGUCCUAAAAGAAUAGAAGCCUUCUUAAAAGACCUACAGUUGAUAGGAGGUUAAUUUAAUCAGCUUCACUUAAGAAUCCCCUGGGGAGCUUGUUAAAACACAAAUCUCCCAGAUCCCACUGCAAGAUUCGGUGCCUAUAGAGGCGGUGGGCCUGGGAGUCUGCAUUUUCCACAAAUACCCUAGGGGAGUCCAUGACUCACAGACUGCACUUGGAGAAGCACUGGUCCAGAGCAGCUAUUCUACAUGCUGGCUGCACAUUGAAAUUACCUCAGGGGCUUUAAAAAAAUGCUGAUGUCUAUACCCCUCCCUCCUAGAUUCUGAUAUAAUUGAUGUGAUGGUGCAGCCUGGGCAGCCAGAUAUUUAAAAGAUCUCCAAAUAACUCCAAUAUGCUGUCAAGUUUGAGAAACACAGGUCUAUAGCUUGGCGUACUCUUCAAAGGGCACGGCUGGGUGAAGCAUGUUAGAAAGUUGGGAGACCAAUACAAGGUAUGACGAUUUAUUUUUUAAGAUUUUAUUUAUUUGAGAGAGAGAAAGAGCAAGGGAAAGGGAGAAGCAGGCUCCCUACUGAGCAGGGUGCCCCCAAUGCAGGGCUUGAUCCCAGGAGAUCCCAGGACCCUGAGAUCAUGACCCGAGCCGAAGGCAGACGCUUAACCAACUGGCCACCCAGGCGCCCCAAGGGAUGAUGAUUUAGAAAGGGGGAAUGAAGAGAUGGAAAUUUCCAAAGACAAACCUUGCUCUGUUCACAAUUUAACCAUCCAGUCAAAAUGCAUUUGCCUGUCUGGGUGCCAGCUAAGCCCCUCGGUGCCCCUGGUCUCAGGCUCUUGCUAGCCAAAACAAGGGAAUCAAAACCUGAGAUACAGUUUUCUGCCUUCACAACUCAAAUCCCUCUCUUCAGUGGCUUUGGAGAUGGCAUCAUCCUUUCUUCCCUUUAGGAAGGUUUGGCCAGAUAUGCCAAACCGUUGUGCAAAUUAUAAAAAUGCUUCACUCUUCAUGAAUAAACAUGAGAGAUAAUGUGUGGAGAGAAAAAAACAUUUAUCAAUUAAGUGUCUUCAAAACCUCCCAAGAUUAUGCAGCUUUAAUGGCUGAGUGAUUUUGAAAGGAAAACUUGUAAAUUGAGCUGUACCUGAACUCAUAAUAAAAAGCCAUUAAAUUAAUUGACUCUUUUAGCGCUUACCUAACAGUAAGCCUGAGCUGUCUAUCCAAAUGAGGCCAGCCGAGAUCACUGUGGCAUUUACCCUGAUUCUCAGGCUGCUCCAGAUGAGAGAAACGCAAAGCAGACCAGUCCUCACAGCGGAAAUUCGCUUCUUACGCAGUCUUAACAAAGGCUGAGGGUUAGGGCUCUUGAAGAAGCACUUGCCAUAUUAUUUUUGCCACCUAAUAUUCCUAAAUGGCUGGAGAACAAAUGUAUAAAUUAGAUGGGUCCCAGGGGACAUGAUUCAAUUAAAUAUAUCCCCCAGAACUAGAUUGGCUUCUGGGUAGGCAACUCAUCACCUCACUCUUCCGGGAGCAUCAGAGGAAGAGGACGGGCUGUACCCAAGGUCAUGAGGAGCUAGAUAAAACUCUGGGCAGAGAACAUGUUGGCCCCCACCAACCCCUUCCUGGUUUAUCUUUUUAAUAUAAGUGGGACAUUUUGAGCACCUGUUUCUGCCAGUUACUUUCACAUGUUAUCCUACUGAAUCCUUACAACAGCCUUCUGAUGUAGGUUAUUAUUAAUCUCAUUUUUCGGAAGAGAAAACUGCACCUCUGGGAGAUUAAGAGAUUUGCCUGUGAUCUAAGGGUGGGUCCAUCUGAUCAAACUUUGUGUUCUUUUCAUUCUUCACAAGAGGUGCCAAGAUCAGAAAUCUCAAGGAGAGAUGCAGAACACGGAAAAAAACUUGUCUCCAUUUUUUUCUUUUUUCUCUCCUUCCUUUCUUCCUUCCUUCCUCCCUCUCUUCCUUCCUUCCUCCCUCUCUCCCUCCCUCCCUGUUUCCCUCCAUCUUUUCUUUCUUUCUUUCUUUCUUUCUUUCUUUCUUUCUUUCUUUCUUUCUUUCUUCUUUCCUUUCUUCUCUUUCUUCUUUCUUUCUUUCAUUAUGAGUAAAAUUGCUAGAAAUAAAAUUGCUCAACUUUUUGAAUAUUCAGCUGCUAUGAACAUUCAGGUGUUUGCAUAGACAUUGCUUCCUUUUACUUGGGUAAAUAGCCAGGAAUAUAUAGUAAGUAUGUUUAACUUUAUAAGAAAUUGCCAAACUUUUUCAAAAUGGCUAUACCAUUUUGCAUUCCCAUGAGCAAUGUAUGAGAGCUCAAGGUGUUCCACAUCCUCACUAUUACUUCAUAUUUUUUGUCUUUUUCAUUUAGCGAACUCCAGAGAAUAUAUAGCCUGUGAUCCAGUAGGGAACUCCAGAGGUGAGUAGUGACAUAUCACUGUGGUUUUAAUUUGCAUUUACUCAAUAAUUAAUGAUGUUUGGGAAAAUGUCUGUUUAAUCUGCCCAUUAAAAACAUUUUUUGUCUUAUUCUUGAUUUACAAGUGUUCUUUAUAUGCAUCAGAUACAAGUCCCUUACCCAAUAUGUUUUGAAAAUAUUUUCUUUCAGUUCAUGGCUUGUCCUUUAAUUUUGUUAAAAGUGUCUUUUGAAAAAUAAGUCCUUUUAAUUUUGAUGAAGUCCAGUUUUUCAAGUUUUUCAUUUGUGAUUUGCGUUCUUUUAUGCUCUAACUAAAAUACCUUUGCCUAACCCAAGUUCUUCAGGUUCAGCCAUAAGAAGCCCCCGCAGGAAAACAAAGAAAAAGAAGAAAGUGAGGUGGACCUGUCACUUCAUAUGAACAUGGAAAAAUUUCCGUAAAUGGAGAUUCUGUAAUCCUCCGCACAAGCUCUCCUUCUGAGCCUUGUAAGAGCCACAAAGUUGAGAAACUCACCUUCUAUGUUUUCGUCUAGGUUGAAAAUGUUGAAAAAGACAAAGGAAGACCUCUUUAGUACUCCACUGGACACCUCCCUCAGCAUGGGUUACGUGCCAUUAGGCAAUACCCUAGGGCUAUUUUUCUUCAACAAACCAGACACAUUUCCGCAACAUUACUAUACUUUUAUUCCCGGCCUCGUCUUCCCUGAGGAGUUAAAUAUUUCUAGAUAGUGGAAAGUAAGAAUGACUCCCAUCAUACUUUAUUUUUUAAGGGUGAAAUAGAAGCUUGGUCAAUUGAUCACAGAAAUGACAGGGAACAUGCCAUUAUAUUUUAACCAGUGUGUAAAGAAGGCUCUUAUGUAACCAGCCAUCCAGGCGCUUCUCUCCAGAGAAUUUUGUUUUUCAGCAAAUUGCUGUUGGGAUGAAGCUUUAUAGCUUUGGAGUCCUUGUAGCCAUCUUCCUCUUGUGUGAGCAGCAUGUCUUCGCUUUUCAGAGUGGCCAGGUUUUAUCUGCUAUUCCCAGAACCUCCAGGCAAGUUCACAUUCUGCAGAAUCUUACUACAACAUACGAGAUUGUUCUAUGGCAGCCAGUAACCCCUGAACUUAUUAAGAAGCAGAAAGAAGUCCAUUUUUUUGUGAAUGCAUCUGAUGCAAACAGUGUGAAAGCCCAUUUACAUGACAGCACAAUCUUAUUCAGAAUCUUGGUGGAAGAAGUGAGAGAUCUUAUCCAAGAGCAAACUCUCAACGACACAGUCAUCCCCCGGACUUCCUCCUCAUACUACGAACGGUAUCACCCACUAAAUGAAAUCUAUUUUUGGAUGGAUGCUAUAACUGAGAACCGUCCUGAUUUGCUUGAAAAAAUCCACAUUGGAUCCUCAUAUGAGAAGUACCCACUUUAUGUUUUAAAGGUUUCUAAAAAAGGACAAACAGCCAAAAAUGCCAUAUGGAUCGACUGUGGAAUCCAUGCCAGAGAAUGGAUCUCUCCUGCUUUCUGCUUGUGGUUCAUAAACCAUGUAACUAAACCACAUGGGGUAGAAACGUCAUACACUGAACUUCUGAGGCAUGUGGAUUUCUAUGUGAUGCCAGUAGUUAAUGUGGAUGGUUAUGACUUCACGUGGAAAAAGAAUCGAAUGUGGAGGAAGAACCGGUCCUUCCAUGACAAUAAUCACUGCAUCGGAACAGACCUGAACAGGAACUUUGCCUCCAAACAUUGGUGUGGGGAAGGUGCAUCGAGUUUCUCAUGCUCGGAAACCUACUGUGGCCUUUACCCUGAAUCAGAACCAGAAGUGCAGGCAAUGGCUAAUUUCUUGAGAAAAAACAUCAAGCACAUUAAGGCUUACAUCAGUAUGCAUUCAUACUCCCAGCAUAUACUGUUUCCAUAUUCCUAUAAUCGAAGCAAAAGCAAAGACCAUGAGGAACUGUCCCUAGUGGCCAGUGCAGCGGCCCGUGCUAUUGAGAAUAUUGAUAAAAAUACCAGAUAUACUUAUGGCAGCGGUUCAGAAACUUUAUACCUAGCUCCUGGAGGUUCAGAUGACUGGAUCUAUGACUUGGGCAUAAAAUAUUCGUUUACAAUUGAACUUCGAGAUAAAGGCAGAUACGGAUUCUUGCUGCCAGAGCGUUACAUCCAACCCACUUGUAGAGAAGCUCUCGCCGCUAUCUCUGAAAUAGUUGGGCAUGUCAUCAAGAAUGUUUAACGCCCUUCAUUUUUUCACUUUUCUCUCAUAUUCUAAUUUACUGGUUCCAACAAGACUGAAUCAUUGUACCCGUUCUUCUAAAAUUUUAUCUGUAGUUUUUAGAAAAGGUUUUCCUGUUCCUUGCUUUUGUCAAAGAACAAAAUAAAUGCUACCUUAAAAUUAAGGCAGAAAAGGGCUCACAUUUCUUUUUCCUUUUUAAAAAAAUUGUAAGAGGCUAGAUACAAAUUUUGAUUCAGGAUGUUUGACUACUCACGUCAAGCAAUUUUAAUAACUAGGUUCUUUUGGAUCAUUGGACCGCAAAAGGAAAGGUGGUUACAAGUACAUUAAAGAUUUCUGCUCCAAAUUUUCAAUGAACUGCUUGCGCCUUUAAAAGCACAACCGUGUGUGCUUUGCUCCACAGUAAAUAAGCGAUGGCCCCUGUAAGCGGAGGAGUGUCAAAAACACGACAAACACCACCUGUCACUGCUCACUAGCAAAUGAACAAAUGGCUGUAGUUAUUUUCAACAACAGAUGUGGCAUUUACGACACCUGUUUAUUGUAAGAGAUUAUGUAAUAAAAGGAGUAAAC